CACACACACACACACACACACACACAGCUGUCGGGAACCAUGACACAAGAUGACCGAUACAGUGGUCGUCGAGGGACAAGUGAGACUCCGAGAAGGGAGAAAGUGGAAGAACAGAUGGGUGGUCCUGAGAAAACCGUCUCCAGUAGCAGACUGUCUGUGUGUGCUGGUCUACAAGGAGCGCAGUAAAGGCCAGCGGGAGAAGAGUCAGCUCACUCUGGGUGAUAUCUGUGGCCUGGAGCUCCUGCAGAGUUUUGAAGGCAUGAACUACGCCCUUACCCUGCUCUGCCUCACGCAGUCCCUUACACUUGGCUUCGACAGCAGGGAAAACCUCCUGGCCUGGGAUGCACGCAUCCGGUACAGCCUCGGGGAAGUCCACAGGUUCAGUGUAAACGUCCAGCCGGGCACUAAGCUGGAGAGCGGUGCAGCCUCACUGCAUCUGUGUAAUAACCUGCUCGUUAUAGCCAGAGACAUCCCUCCAGCAGUUAUUGCGCACUGGAGAUUGACUGACCUGCGACGUUAUGGAGCAGUGCCUAAUGGAUUUAUCUUCGAGGGAGGGACACGAUGCGGCUAUUGGACUGGGGUCUUCUUUCUGGCCUGUACAGAAGGGGAACAGAUCAGCUUUCUGUUUGACUGUAUCGCUCGAGGCAGCUCUCCAAGCAGGACACCGUUUGGAUUGCGUCCCUCCCUACCAGACCUCAGCGCUCAAGCGUCCUCUGUGGAGGAGAGGAUUACGCAAGAAGCUAGCGAGCUGGAGAAACGCCUCAGCAUGCUGUCAGUGUGCAGCCGCCAGAGCAGCACACCCUCCCACUCCAGCUCCACAGGAGAUGCUCGCAGCAUCUCUAGCUCCUCCUCUGAGACCAGCCACUCAGAUGCCAGCUUGAGCAGUCGCCUAGCAACAUGGGCUGAUCCAGUCCGAUACCCCACUCCUACAGAGCCCUCUGUGUCUGUAACAGGAGUGACGGGGUCCAGGCCAUCCAGUGAGGAGCAUCAUGAAGGACUACUUCGCCCACCGACUAAACCGCCUCGCCACAGAGGACUUCAGGAGGCCGGGCGACAGAGCUCAACUGACAGUGGCAUCGCCACAGGAAGCCACUCGUCCUACUCUGGAAGCUUCUCAUCCUACACAGGCAGCUUAGAUACCACGCAGGGAGAGAUUGAGGAGUUCGGCUCAGUGAUGAGCCUCACACUGAACACAAAUUCCAGCACAAACCUGACUGCAAACCCCAACACUCCAACUUCCAAUUCUAACACAAACCCCAGCCUUCCUCUACAGUUACAAACAUCCAGUAUGUUAGCCAGCCCUGCUGUCUUGCCACCAGGGCACAGACCAUGUGUAUGCCCCAUCACUGAGGUCUCUGAAGCACAGGAAAUGGAGUACCAGGUGCCUGUUCAGCUCUUGCAGCACUACGACACCCCUCGCAGACUCAUCCAGCCCCACCCCUCCACCUCGUCCUCCACUCAGAAGCCCAAGUGUGGCCUAUUAGAGCCACAGGGAAGCCCUGCUUCACCCAAACUGACUGCACCCUUGAGGCUGAGUGUGAGCAGUGACGGAGUACUACCCCCUGGAGGCUUGACCUUGCAGCGACACAUUCUCUGUCCUGUAUGUGGAGGACUGAAGAUGGUAAUGCCUUCUACACACACACGUUCCUCUCAUGUCCUUGCUGGACUAGAAAAAUCAAGGCCUGAAACGAGCAGCGCUGCCAUAUCUGCAGGUCCUGAAGGCGUGAGCGUGGGCCAAUCCACAGAGGCCGAGCAGUUGAGCAGGUACGAGCUGAUAAGCGGCCAAGUAACACAGAAGUGCUUUUGGGAAACUGAGGGAUGUUCAUCAGCAGUGCCUACAUCUCCCAUGAGCUCUCUGAGGCUUUUCAGACACUCAUCCUUGUCUGGGAGAUCAUUAGGUCUAUCAGGUGAACCAGGUUCUACAGUCUCAGACCGGCUUCAGGGGGAAUCCGUGAAUUACGUCAACAUCCCUGUUAGCCCCAUGUCUAAACGACAGCUACACUACAUGGAGCUGGACCUGCAGGAUGUACAGGAAACUGGCCACACUGUCAGAGGGGCCUCCAACACUAAAUACGCACAGAUUGACCACGCUGCGACAGAGACGGCUCAGAGAGUUGGAGCCCAGCAUGCACAGGGCAGAGAGGAGAGACUGCACGAACUGGAGCAAAGGAGACGAGGAACGCUGAACUAAACACACACUGAACUAACAUGAUCCAUAAACGAAGUACCAGCAUCUCUCAUGACAUUCAUCACCACACAGGAUAUUACCUUUAUAAACCUCUGAUUUUUAUUAAGAAAUGUAAGGUUACUAGUAAGUAAUAAAGUUUUGGAUAUUCUGACAGUAACUGCAUUAACUGCACAUAAAAACUUUUUAAAAGGGGGCAAAUUCAUCUGAUUUUGUGGUUUUAUAUAUUUUAUUGUAUUAUUACUUACUAUUGAAGUAUGCGAAGACUAUAAAAUACAGAGUCCAUAUACACUACUAUUAGUUAUGGAUUUGAUGUAAGUACUCUUGAUAACUUGUAAAUAGUCUACCUUUUUUCUUCAAAUGACCAACUUUACAGAUUUAAUUCUCAAAUGUACAUCACAUGAGAAAUAGAUCCUGUAUUUUUUAUUUAUUCAUUUGACAUUUCUAUCUUUAGUGCAAUAAACAACCUAUUCAAUAAUUUUGAUAUUCAUUAUUCAGAAAGUGAACAUUGUAAGUAUAAACCAGAUUUGUUCAUUGGUAAGUCUUCAUUAAAAGAAACAAGGUGGAAAGAAAAAAAGAAAAAAAAACUCAACAGCCAUCUAAGUCACGUACUCCCAUAGCAACAACAGGUCUGAGAAUCGGAUGGCUGCAGUCUGGUCCAAAUAACACCUCAAAACCCCAGGCAAAGCAAGUAACAUUCUGUAGGCUCACACUCAUUGAAGGACAAUAGAUUGAUUCACAAAGUUAGGAGAUAUGAUCUUGGGCAGAAUACCUGGAUUCAGCCCAAUGUCACUCCAGAGCCAUAAUGCAUGCAAGACAACCUUGUCACCACAGCAUGCAACUCCACAACUCUAUUAACCGAAGUGAUGAAGGCUGUUUGCAAAGAUACCCAUUUCAAUUUCUCACACAGGUGCUUAAGGAGGAUCUUUAAGGAACAAAAGAGGGAGACUCCACACAGGACUCCUAGGCGACUAUGGCCAAUAAAUGUGCCUCAACACAUUGAGAAAGGCAGUAAUAAGCAUAUAGGGCCCUAGAGAGACAUCUACAAUCUACUGUACUGUGGCAUGUUUCAAAGGCUUUUGCAGGUAAAUGAGGCUGUUUAGAAAAUUGAGGAAUUCAAUAAUGCACAGGGUCCAAGGUGAACACUAUCCUCAGAACGAUUUCUACUUGUACAUAGCUGGCGGGUUAGGGACUCUUGUAUUGAGAAGUGUUUACUGGACUGCUAGAUGACAGUUCUCAGGCAAUUCAGUCUGAGCGACCAGACCCACAGACGCAGGCAAAUCUUGCCAUUCACCUGGAAUGGCAGAUCUGCUAAUGGAAGAACCCACCAGGGUGUUUAAACAACCAGUGAACAAAGCAGUAGGAACCAUCUUGUUCGUCAUCUUGGGAGCACAAGUAGGACUCUGUGGCCUAGGUGCUGCACAGAAUGAGAAGAAUCAGCAGUAAAGAGGGGAAAAGCAUACGAGAAGUGAUAAGGCCAGAUGUGGGCCAGACCAUAUAGUCGUAGAGGGCUGUACGACUCUAAAACGCCAUAUGAGAGCCAUAAGUGGCAAUGUGUUUACUUGGCACUGGAAAAGAGGUCCAUCUGUGUGAUCUCUCCCAGAUCUGGGCUACCAUAUUCAGCUGCAAAUAUCACUCCUCUAAAUGUAUGCACAAUCUUGACAGUGCAUCUGCUGCACUGUUGCAUUACAGUGUUGUCUCAGGUGACAAGCAUGAGACAAUAUCUGAGAACUGGCAAAAAAUUUUAGGAUGCUCAAGGGUACUAACAUAUACCAUAUUUUGGAGUUAUAGAGCCUCAAGCCAAUUAACCAUGUGACCUACUUUGGUCUAGGGAGCACUUCUCCAACUUCACUGUGGGCCUGAGCACUGCAAUGUGAGUGGAAAUACAUAGGAGCCAAAUAUGACUGUCUUGAUGCCAGUGGUAAUCAGAUAAGACAUAGCCACCUGUAUGCACCUUGAAAACACUUGUGGUGCUAGGGAGAGAUGGAAAGGCAGAACUUUAAAUUGUAAUGUUUUGAUGGGGUCUAUAAUCAACAAGGCUGUGAAGCCGCAAAAAGCUGGG